UAAAAAAAAAAAAAAAAAAAACACAUUUCGGGAUUAUUUAUUUUUAGCUCUGGCGUGUGUCUGCUGCACCGGGGCCUUUAGCUGAUGCUUCCAGAUGGUUUUGCUAAGGUGCAUGUUUACGGAUUCCUGCAGAUUGUGAGUACGUACCGGUCUGUCCUUCAUUAAGAGCCCGGUCCAAGCAGAGAGGCAUUUAUCACGACACACGGAGCCUUCAUAACCCGGUGUUCCUGCACACACACGUUGCAUUUUUUCUUCCUGAGCUACUGUGUCGAAUACCCGGCUCAUCUCGUGUGUUGUGGCUGUGGAUCCUGACACUCGCUGGGCUCCAGUGUGCUCCAUGACGCCUCGUACAGGGUCAGACAGAGGACAGCAACCCCACUUCCCAUUUCCCUUUUCGAAACCUCAACCCCCAUUGCGACAGCACACCAGCUUAAGCUUCCCAGAAUGCACCUCUCCAGCGGAUGACCCCGGGGUCGGCAGCUGUCAAUCACAUCCUCAGCUGGCUCUGCAGCUUCUGGACAUAGACUGGAGGAUGUGAGGGAGGCCUCUGAGAGGAGCCCUGGCUCUGCAUAUGGGAUCAUCUCUGUGCAUUCAUGGCGGCCCUUUUCCCCCUUCAUUCGGAUCUGUAAAGUGCACUGUGGACACUUUGAUAUUUCAGAGCUCAAAAUGGAAUCAAAUGGGGCUUAUGAGGCCUCAAGGCCCAAAUGGACUUCAUGUUUACACACUUGUCCAUCAGCUGAGCAGCGUGCGGCCUCAGGUAUCCAGAGAGAUGGAGAGAUGUCCCCAAAAGCAACGGUACCGUGUCUGAACCUGACCAGCAGGAGGACGCCAGAAAACUCUCCGAGACUGGAGCACAGCGGCUCCGGCUCCUUCCUCCACUGCGAUGAGCUGCACAAACCCUCACACCUUCCUCCUCCUCUCCCUCACCGCAUCAGCCUGCGCGGGGAUCUGUACGCCGCCGCCAUGGGGAGGUUUGGUGACGCUCCUGCGGACUUUACGCACGGCGCUGCCUCGGCGAACCCGCCCGGCUCCCCGUCCAAACACAGCAAGUUCUUGGAGAGUAUAAAUCCGGAUCAAAAGGGGACAGUGCACAGCGGCAAGCCGUUUUAUGACAGCAACUCGGAGGUCAGAGAGAAAGGACCUCCAAAGACCAUGGGCUAUCCUGGCAUUGGCACAGACUGUUGUGGCAAGCUCAAAGAGCCGGGCGGCGGCUUACAGGGCGACUCCAUCGCCGACUCCAUCGACUUAUCGGGCAAGAACAAGAAGCGGCGCAAUCGCACCACCUUCAGCACCUUUCAGCUGGAGGAGCUGGAGAAAGUGUUUCAGAAGACGCACUACCCCGACGUGUACGCCCGGGAGCAGCUGGCCCUGAGGACCGAGCUCACUGAGGCUCGAGUUCAGGUUUGGUUCCAGAAUCGUAGAGCCAAGUGGAGGAAACGGGAACGCUACGGGAAGAUCCAGGAAGUCCGCAACCACUUUGCAGCUACAUAUGAUAUCUCUCUUCUCCCUCGCCAUGAUACAUACCAGAUGCAGGGCAACCUGUGGCCCGGUGCGGCUUCAGGAGGAGGCGGUGGUUCAGGUGCCGGCUGCGUCCUCGGAGCGGACUCCCUCCCCUCGUCCUGCAUGAGUCCGUACCCUCACCCCCACAGCAACCUGCAGGGCUUCAUGGGCAUGCCCGCGUCCCCCAGCCAUCCCCACCACCACCACCACCCGCCUCACCAUCCAGGCAUCAACGGCCUCUAUUCCCUCCACAGCUUCCCCGGAGGCCUCGGGUCCCCCUCCAUCGAGGGGCCCGACACCGACUACAAGCCGACGGGCCUUGUGGCGCUCCGGAUGAAAGCCAAAGAGCCAGGCAGCAUCCUCUCAUGGCCCACAUGACCACAACAGUGCCAGCGCCACAUUAUGCACUGACUGAGCCAAAGUAUAUUACAUUCCUGACCCCAGUGUACACACCCACCUCAGCAUAUGACUCAAAUAACAUUUAUGUAAGCCAACUUGGAGACUUUUCACAAUUCUUGGAAGAUCUCGGAAUAUGAAUUUCAUGAACAUUGACAGCAACUUGAGCCUCUAGCACAAAAACUCAGUGUAUUAAAAGAAUCUUUAUUGUUUCAAGUUUCAGUUUGAUAUCAUAAUGCUGAGACCAAAGAGGACAAAUUAUUUAAGCAUGUAAAAAUUGUAAUUAUCAUAUUAAUCAUUGUUUUUUGUUUUUUUUGUUUUUUUUGUCUGUUGUGCUUUAUAGUGUGACCAGUAAUAAAGGCCUCCAUCUAAA